AUGAGUCAAGGCAUAGUAUGGACGCCACCGAGUAGUAGCACCACGCAUCCCACGGCUGCGGCAACAUCGACCAUCGCCGUGGACAUCGGAGGAUCGCUGGCAAAGCUGGUAUUCUUCGCAAUGGACUCUAAGCAAUUAGUGUUCGAGACCGUUGAAACUGAGAAAAUUGCACAAUUCAUGUUGAUGAUCCAUGAGAUCAUCAACGAUUAUAAUAAUGGGCAGCAGAGCAACGUGCGGAUCGUUGCAACCGGCGGUGGAGCGUACAAAUUCCAUGAUCUACUGUGUCGAGAAUUUCCAGACGUGCUCGAGAUCACACGGCUCGACGAAAUGGAGUGUUUGAUCAAGGGCCUUGACUACUUCAUCCACGAGGUGCCCGAGGAAGUGUUCACGUACAACGAUCUUGAGGGCGAGCACAAAGUGGUUCCGGAGCACGCAAAAGUGUAUCCUUAUAUGCUUGUAAACAUCGGCUCAGGUGUCUCAAUUCUCAAAGUGGACUCACCCGCGCAAUUCACGCGGGUCGGAGGGUCUUCGCUCGGCGGUGGCACGCUAUGGGGGCUUUUAUCGCUGAUAACAGGUGCCAAGACUUACGACGAGAUGCUGAGUUGGGCACACGGCGGCGACAACACUCAUGUCGACAUGCUUGUGGGCGAUAUAUAUGGCUCAAACUAUGGGAAAAUAGGCCUUAAAUCCACGCAUAUCGCAAGCUCAUUUGGAAAAGUCUUUCAACGGGCUGCGACCACCACAACUCAAAUAGACUCUGUUCCUCAUUCAAAUGAUUCGGAGACCAGUACUGAUAAUAUACAACUGCGGAAUCGCAAAUUUAAUAACUCCGACAUUUCCAAGAGCUUACUGUACGCCAUUUCCAACAACAUUGGUCAAAUCGCAUAUCUCCAGGCCAAGAUUCAUAAUGUUCCCAACAUCUACUUCGGUGGCUCCUACAUAAGAGGGCAUCUUAUGACCAUGAAUACAUUGAGCUACGCUAUAAACUUCUGGUCCGGUGGCGAGAAACAAGCGUUUUUCUUGAGGCAUGAAGGGUAUCUGGGCGCUAUGGGUGCUUUUCUAACUUUCCAAAGCACGAACAAUAAGCACAAUGAUGAAGAACGCAAGUAA